AAAAUAGAUCAGUGGGUGCAAUCACGUUGCACUGCGCCGUAUCUUACAAUGUCCAUGUGUUGCCGUCGAAAUUAUCUUUUUUUAACAAUCUGUUACCAUUCAGAUUUACAUAUAUGUGGUUUUGGGUUCUUAGGUAAACAUAAAACUAAUUGGAGAUUUCGUAAGAUAGGAAAAUAAUGCCGAAGAACAAGAAAAAGGGGGGCCACAAGGGAUCUGAUAGGUUGUCUCGCUUAGGCUCACAGCCUCCUACAGAUGAUGAAAAUGACGCUGCAGACAACUGGAGCACUGCUAGUGUGUUGUCAGAUGAUGUUACCAGUUUGCCUGAAUCAGGUGGGGAUGCAGAUGUAGUAGAUGAAUCAAGUGCACAGGAUGAUUUUGAAGAUAAGUUGAAAGAAUGCAUAGAAGGAACAUCUCAAAAAAGCGCUCAAGGCAGGAAAAUCUGUUUGGAAGGAAUCCAAAAAGUAUUCAGCAAAAAAUAUGUUGUAGAUUUUCUGGCAGAUAGGAAAGAAACGUUAUCUGACUGUUUAGCGAGAUGUGUGAAGAAAGGUAAAGGAGAGGAGCAAGCUCUUGCCGCAAACUGCAUUAGUCUUCUUAUCAUACAGUUAGGACAGGAUGCUGACAGUAUCUUCGCAGAUUUGCAGCCUUCCAUGUUAACCAUCAUGGCCGACAAUUCGGUUUCAUUAAAAGCUAGAAGCAAGUGUGCCACAGCUCUUGCAAUUUGCUCAUUCCUUGCAUGUGAUGACGCAGAGAAAAUCAAAGAAGUUAUGAAAUCAUUAGAAGAUAUAUUUAAAUGCUCAUACCAAAAGGGAGAUAAGUCUAUACCAAGUCAUUCUCCAGAAGUUAGUCAUCUUCACUCCCAGGCUGUUUCUGCGUGGUGUCUCUUGCUGUCCAUCUCUCCCUCGUACAUAGUGCAAGAACUGGUCAACAGCCAUGUCGGUAGGAUGCCUGAUCUGCUUAAAAACCAAGACCUAGAACUGAGGAUUUCAGCUGGAGAGGCCAUUGCUUUGAUGUAUGAGCUGGGUCGGGAGGAAGAUGAGGAUUUUGAGGGUAGCAAUAUGAAGGAGCUGAUUGAGCUGCUCAAACAACUGGCUACAGACUCUCACAAGUAUCGGGCAAAGAAAGACCGACGACAACAGCGGUCCAGCUUCCGAGAUAUCCUUCGGUCAAUAGAGGAGAUGGAGUCGCCGGAGAUGAACAUUAAGUUUGGUAUUGAGAAUUUGUAUAUCGACAGCUGGGUCCGUAAAAAGCAAUACGAUGCAUUCUGUAUGGUGAUUGGAUCAGGCAUCUAUCAGCAUCUACAGGAAAAUGUUCUUCUCAGAGAAGUGUUUGGCCUUGGACCUCCUUUGCCAACCGGUGCAAAACCUGCCAACAAGUUGACCAAGUUUGAGAGGAACAUGUAUAAUGCAGCUGCCUUCAAAGCAAGAACCAAGGCCCGAUCAAAACACCGUGACAAACGAGCAGUGACAGUGAACGGAUUUUGAUGAUGGAUUUAUUUAGCUUCUUUUCUCUUGUGCUACGAUAAUUGUAUAGAAUGAAUCAUUUGUAAAUAGAAUAUCUAUAUUUGUUUGCACUAGUCUUCAGGGUUACUGGUGACCACUGUUAUUAGGAAUCAGAAUGAUCUCUAUAAGGCUCUUUUUUUAAUAUUCGUUACAUUUAUAGGUAUAUAUUUUUAACAACUUGACAUUUAUUUACAUCUAUCUUCACGUCAAAAAUCCAGGUACUAAUCCCAGCAGUGCUCUACUCUGGUCCAUUGUUAACUAGUGGUUCCAUGUCAGGAAUUGAAACAAGCAUUGCAUCUGUCAAUCCAUGGAUCCAGCAGCACUUGGUAACUUUUCCAAUUUCUAGGAUUUCUUUCCAGAUUAAAGUGUUCUGAUGCAGAGAUGGACGUCCCAUUUUUAUAGGCAAUUCUUUGACGGGGCAUAUUAUUAUAUGACUUGCCCAUCCAUCCAUACGUCCGUCUGUAAACUUUUAGGUACUCUUGUACAAAAUGAAUUUGGAGCAUUGAUUAAUGUCCCUUUUAGCUUUGUAAUCUUUGUAUAAAAACUUAAUUUAAAUUCAAGACUUACCAACUGCAAGACAUUGCAUCUUGUGGUUGUGUAUAAAAAUUUACCAAAUGUGUGCAACCAUAUUGCUGCAUAAGUCUUAGACAUGACUUAGAUACAUUGUGAAUUAAUAUGUUAUUUGUGCAAUAAUUUAGGUAUGUUUUCAUUAAACCCCAAAAAUCAGAGGAUUAGGAAUGAAGGACCGUUAUCGACUUCAACCAUUUUUGACUUACUUCAGUUCCUAAAUGUGGUGUAGCCAGAGCUUAUGGAUACUAGAAAAUAAUAAACCAUGUAACUACAGUAUUCCAUGAAAAACUUGCCUGGACAUUUUUGUUGGAAUUUUCCUGUGUUCAUCAGACGCCCCUAAUUUUUCUUUUUAUCAAACCUUUUAAAAUUAAAUUUGUUUGAUGUUUUAAUUUUAAAAUCCUACUCGGUAAGGCCAACAGGUGAGCAAAACCAAAUUGUAACACAAUUGUGCCAAUAUUACAAAUUUUGUGUUAUUCUGCAAUGUAUUGAGAAUACCCUUUGCUCAUGCAGGUAUUAAUAUAUUUUUGUAGUUUAAUUCCUUACAUUACAUAAGGAGUCUUUAAGUUCAGUCUCCCUUUCUAAAAUUCGAAAUUCCUUACGAUAAUGAAACAAGUCUUGUGCAAUGUCUAUAAGAGGUUCAAAUAUUCCAUAAAAUAUGUUACGGACAUAUUUAUACUCCGUUUAUAUGAAGCUUUUAGUGUAUUUGAUGUGUUAGUAGUCCAAAAAAGAGAAGUUAUUUGCUUUAAUGAAAUGUUAAAUAUUUGUACUUUAAUGUCAACUGUAUUGCUUAGUAAAGCUUGUUUGAAUAAUAAAUUGCCAGAAUAAUUUAGUUGCAAAACUUAUAUUGAAUGGGGUUGAACUUCCCUAUAUGAAAUUUGAUUUCAAUAUUGUAUCCACACCAUGUAAAUAGAUAAUAGUGAUUGUAUUAAAUAUGUACAUAUAUAUUUCUGUCUCAUGUUGAUACAUUAGACGUUGAGUUUUGACUGAUAUGCACAAUGUAAUAAAGUGCCAUAAAAUUAUUUUAUGAUUGUUUUGGGGGGUUUUUAGUAAAAAAAUUGUAUUUUUUUUUUUUUGUAUUAUAAAAUAGACAAAAGGUUUUUUUUUUAUGGAGGAUUUUACUUUCCUGUAUGAAAAAUAAACUGCAUUUAAAAAAGAAUUAAAAUUAUCACAAAAUUAUAUUUCGGAAAACUUGAGUUGUUUUUAUAUUAACUACGUACUUGUAGUCUGCUUAACAGGUUUUGAGCUCAUAUAUAUAAUUUUGUUUUGUUUACAUUAUCAUACAAGAUUAAAGAGAAUCUCAGUUGAGUUAACCUUAAAAUAUGUUCCAAAACCAACUUUUACCACACUCUUGUUAAAAUAUUUUUAAUAAUGUACAUGUUAUUAUUUUUGAACAUUUUUUUUAGAAUCGGCUGUUUGUAAAUAAUAUUUUGAAAUAUAUUGUAAAUUUUAAAAAGCAAAUUUUUAGGUUUGAAUUAAUGUUUCUUGUACCAUGUAACUUGGUGCUGUUUAUUUUUGUUUGUUGUAGACUAUAACGUAUUGUUGAGCUUAAGAAGCUGUGUUGUUAAAUUAUGUAAUAUGAUGUAUAUCUGUAGAUUCUUGUAGAAAGUAGUAUGUUAUGCUUUUUCAAUCUGUUAAUGCUGAAAACAGUGUUGUCCAAGUAUAAAAAGAAAACCAUAAAACUGCAAAUUCCAAGCAAAAUUUGUAAAUAUAACUCUACAAAAUGAAUUAUCUCAAAUGUUUUGCCAGCCUAUUCUUAGUAAGCAACUAAGCAGUAUAUUAAGGUUCAUAAUUUGACAUUUCUACACCUACCUUUUAGCUUGAUACACAAUAAAUCUACCUAAUUGUGAUUGUUAAGAACAUUAUAGUUUGGGGUUUUUUUUUUGUGUGUGUUUUGUUUUGUUUUUUGUUGGGGUUUUUUUCGGGGGGGGGGGGGGGGGCUAUCAUUUUAAACUUAAACUUAAUGUUUUUCUAAACUUGUAUUAAAAAAAAAAAAACGCACCAAUAUGUAAUUGACAGUCUGCUCAAAAUGGAACGUGUCGUAAUUUUAACGGGUGAAGCUUUCCUAAAACAACUUUGAAUAACACUAUUUUGAUGCUUUUUUUCAGAAUGCUGAAAACUUCAGUAUGAAAUGAAAUUAAUGUAAAAUAGGUUACAUUUAUUGUGUACGAAGCAAAAACAAAAGUGCAGAAAUGUCCUGUCAUUGACCCCCUUUUUGUGGGGACGGUUAAAGUAUGUUUAUUGAUUGAUAUACACAUAACAUACAAGUAAUAUUAUUAGAGACAUCGGUCAAAACUGUUCAGCAAUCACACAAGUUAAUAUUUAUAAAAAGCCUCAUUAGAUUUAAUAUGGGUCAGUUUUUACCUUAUUAGAUUACAACAGUAGUAAGGUGGUUUUGGGGCCAGUGACAAUUACAUAAUACUCUAGGAGGUGAGGGUAUCAAAGGAAAUGUUAAUGGAGAGGGGUGUUUUCAAUAGUUACGUAAUGUUUUCAAACAGUAAUUUGUAGUCAUAAAAAUGAAUGCAGCUAGUCUUGGCUAUUUUGUUCCAUAACAGAUUAUUACUACAAAAAAAUAUUUGGUGUUUAUUUCAAAGAAUACACAACUAGUAGUCGGAUUAUUACAGUGCCAAGGAAAGUGUGAUGGGAAGGUACAUUAAUGAACUUUUUGUAAUUUUAGAGAGUAUUGUUUUAGCAUUACUAAACAUGGGUAGGAGAGAGUGAAUUGAUGCUAAUUUUUGCAUUGAUUUAAAAAAUUGUUGACUGGUCUAUUUUUGUAAGAGGUGACCACAUGAACUUUCACUAGUGUAUAAAUUGUUGGAAAGAUUUUUUUUAAAGUGGCGGUCCCUGGAAUAUUUUUAGUAAAUACUGCUGAAUGUUACUUAAUCUGCGUGGGCCACUGCAAGCAGGAUUUGGUGUCCAGUGGAGUGAAUGAAUGUUUAACAACUCCCCAGCACAAAAAUACAGAUUGGCUAUUGGGUGUCAGUAAAUGGUAAAUACAUUAGAGGUAUCUUGUGGAAGUCACUUAUUUCAAUUCAAGUCCAAGUAACUUGAUUUACGUGCCUAUAUCGAAUCAAGGUUCAGGCAUGACCAUCCCAUGUCUAGUCUCUGGCAAGACCAGUGGCUGGGCGUGGAACAGAAUACUUCAAUCCAAAUUUAAAUCGGUCUCCCCACUAUCACACUAAUAAUUAAAAUCAUUGAAAGCCACUCAAAAUAUUUAAAAUAGGUUAUAUUUUUCUCAUUUUUAGCAGCAAGCAGUGUUAAAAUACGAUUGUUAAUACUGUACUUAUUGCAUCUAUAAAUGCCUAUUUUACAUCUUCAGAAAAAUGUCUUCAGUGUAUUCAGUAUGUUAUGUCUUAUUCCACCGAAUGCUCCAACCAUGGGCUUAUAAACCAACCCUUGCUGCUAAUUUGAACAGAGCUUCCAUAUUUUGGGUUCUCAUUCUGAGUGUUGCAAUGACAUGUACAUUGUUUACUACUGUAUUUAACACCACUAUGUUGAACAUCAAAUAGCUGCUGAUUAAACAAUGUGCUUGGAAAUUGUUAAGCAUUCUUUUAUGUUUUGAAAAUGUUAUGUAUUUUUAUUUAAUAUCUUAAUUAUACCUGAUAGUCUUAGACUUGCAUUUUUCAAAUUUUCAUUAUAAUAAUCAAUAUAAUAAUAGCUUUUACAACUUUUCAUUAUUUCACAAUUAUGUUUUUUUUUCACAUUUUACUUUAAAUUAGUUUUCUGAAUUACAUUUUAAUAUAACUUUGUUUGGGGCUGAGGUUGUGAAAUGUGAAUUCACAUUGCAAUCAAAUGACAAUGUGACAACCAAUCCAUUCUUUGAGAAUAAAAUUUGAUAGAUAU